AUGAAUCCAAAGUUCUGGCUGACAACCAUGUUUCUGAUGUCCCGGAUUGGUGUACUCAACGCUAACAGCCGAUGUCAUGUAACUGAGAGCUCCAUCAACGGAAUGUACCUGAAAGGUCACGUGUUUAAAAUGUAUCGCGAUCUGUUGGCUAGAGAAUGUUAUUUCCGGUGUGAAGAAGAAGUCACGUGUCAGAGCUACAAUAUCAUCAUUGGUCAAAACAUCUGUGAACUGAACAAUCGUACAAAGGAAGCAAGACCGGAAGAUUUUAUGCCGGAUGAGAGAAGAUUUUACAUGAAGCGUUCUAGCAACAGAGGUACCUUUUACGUUUCCUCGACUAACUUUUUGCAUUUUCGUCUCUGGGCAAACUUGUUUUUUUAAAUUUUUUCAUUCACGAUUACAGAAAACUCAGAGAAACAAAAUUUUUAUAUUUAGAUAUAUUCCUAUGGCGAGCCUUUUGAUGAUUCAAUUUCAGGGAUUGUUUCAAUAUUGGUAAAGCAUUUCAAAAUACAGAGACAAGUCAAAAUAAAAGUGACGACGUUUUGGAAUCAUCGUCUCAUCAACGUCAUCUUGGGAAGAUAAUAUUUGACUUAACUAUGAAGCCAAGCAACUGUUUUCUUCAGUCACCUUGAAAAUGGUUUAGCGAUGAUACCGAAAUGCUGGCUUGUUUCACUGCGUUAUUGUAACUAUAAUAACCCUAUGCUGUCUUCCAUCUCAUUUCUUAGUCUAGAUCUAAUAGAAUUAGCACAGUUUUUAUUUCUUUCUGCUUUUACGCAGGCAGGAAAGGUAGGAGGUUUUUUUUCCUCUCCUGUCGCAUUAGGAGGUAUCGAACUGCAAGAUGGUGUAAACUUCUUACAUGAAAUUCGUUUUUUCUGUCGUAGUUCCCCUCGGAUCCAUCAAAGAGCUCCCGGCGAAAACCUGUGGUGAGAUUGAAGCAAGUGAAGGGAACCAGAUAGCUGACGGGAAAUACUGGAUUUACUCUGAAAGAAAGUAG